CUCCGCCAUUUUAACUUCCUGCUUCAGUAGGAGACGAGCCAAUCGCACAUUAUUUGUACUCGAAGCGUUUUGUUGUUCCGCGUAACGUAGGGGUUUGUCUUGUUUAUUUUUCUCACAGGAAUCGAACUGACCACCUCUGUUAGUUUCUGACGGCUUGUGUCGGUUAGUUUCAGCCGGGGAGUCGCAAUGCCGAGCCACCCGCUGCGGGUAGCGGUUGUGUGCUCGAGCAACCAGAACCGCAGUAUGGAAGCGCACAAUAUCCUCAGCAAACGUGGAUUUGAUGUGCGUUCAUUUGGGACGGGGUCUCAUGUGAAGCUACCCGGUCCUGCUCCGGAUAAGCCAAAUGUGUAUGACUUCAAAACGACAUAUGUACAGAUGUACAACGACUUGGUCCGCAAGGACAAGGAACUAUACACACAGAAUGGCAUCCUGCACAUGCUGGACCGCAACAAGCGCAUCAAAUCAAAGCCGGAACGCUUUCAAAACUGCAAGGAUAAGUUUGACCUGGUCAUCACCUGUGAAGAGAGAGUCUAUGACCAAGUGCUGGAGGAUCUGAAUUCAAGAGAACAGGAGACUCUACAGCCUGUGCACGUCAUCAAUGUAGACAUUCAGGAUAACCACGAGGAAGCCACGCUGGGCGCCUUCCUUAUCUGUGAGCUGUGUCAAUGUAUCCAGCACACUGACGACAUGGAGAAUGAAAUUGAUGAGCUCCUACAAGAGUUCGAGGAGAAGAGCAACAGGCCUUUUCUUCACACUGUCUGUUUCUACUGAUACACAAUGGAAAUUUGCAAUAAACACAGACCCAGAUCACAAGCAAUCAGACGAUAGUAUAUGGACACACACACACACACACACACACACACACACACACACACACACACGCACGCACUUCAUACUCCUCAGUCAUCUACAACACAGUAGAUACACAUUGUGUGCCUACACAGCCAUACACGCACACAUACACACACACACACACACAGCUUUAGGUCAGGACCUAACAAAUGGCUGCUGUUGGACAUAUUGGUGAUGAUGGGUUUUUCCUCUAUGCAGAGGACAGACUCGCUGCUCUUGCUCUGCCUUUAUUUCUCCGGAUCAAGGUCAGGCCAAGGUCCUCCCUCCAUCCCAGUCCAGUGAAAUCACUCAACCAUGUCUCCUCAGGGAGAGCCAUAACACCCACACCCCUGAUUCAACAACUCCUUUACAAGUCCCUCCGAUUUUGUUAAGUACAGCAUAUUGAUGCUGAUUUUUUUCCCCCUCUAGAUGAUAUAUAGUUGUAAUUCAUUUAAGCAUAUGUGUCAGAUUUUAUUUCUGAUCUGGGACAGUGUAAAUGUGGAGGAGAGUUAAUUGAACUGAAUGUGUGUUUUUGUGUGAUCAUGUGUUGUAGUCUAGGAUUAAGUUAAAGUGGGUGGGCUAGGUAAUGAAUAACCAAACCUAACCUCUCUGAGGAUCUCCUCCAAUCUGUUUCCAAUAUAAUGUGUUGAUUCAUAUUUAAACUUGGAUAUGCUAUUUUUCAGGGCAUAGUAUUUUUUCUUUUGUAAAUGUUAAAGAAUUGAAGUAUUGUAAUUAUUUGCAAACUGCGAGCUCAGCUCAGAGUGCCUGAUUUUUCUGUAUGUACAUAUGAAUUCACUAAAGAGAGAAACAUCUCUAAGA